GCUCAUGAUUUACAGCCAUGUUUCAACACACCUUAGAAAUUUGAAUGUAUAUACAGAACGGUGUUCGUCUAUGUAAGAACCAGCUGAGAGCAACGGCCAAGGUUCGAAUCAAACGGCGCACUCUAGCCUUGUUCUUGGGCUCGACACGUCUCCCGCACCCCCAGCUGAGGCAGCCCUAUCAGACCAAGGAGCUCAAUAGUCAAAGCAAGCAAAGCUCAGAAACAUCGCUACGAGUAUGAACAACGACAAUAUGCGCGUCUGCGAGAUGUGUCAUAAGACUGAGGAGCAGUGCAUGUGAAGGUACAAGAGAAGCUGUGGUGUACAGACGCUGUAUGACAUGGUACACAAGAGCCGUGUGUGAGAUGUGAAUAGAUCUCAGUCCUACAUCUUUAUCUUUACUUCUUUAUCUUUAUCUUUUAUCUUUAUCUUUACCUUUAUAUAAG